AUGGUGGCCAAUGACGUCGACGAGGGCUCUGGAAGCACUUCUGGCGCCGGAAAGAAACCUAGACAGCCCCGUACUAUUGAUGAUUUGUAUAGGCAGUCGUCGCAAUUCCGAAUGUGGUCGUUUACACACGAAUCGCUCAAUGAAAUCAAAACUAAGACCAAUGAAAAAGGCCGAAAAAAAGCCACAGAAACGUUCAACCACGCCCUUGCCCAGUUCCGCCAGACCAACUCUACUGAGUAUGAAGCCCACGCUUCGGAACUCACGGUGGAUCUGCUUCUAGACCUUCUUACGCUCGAAGAGGAAACGAAAUACAUCAAUUUUUAUUGCAAAAACAUCAUCGAAACCGCCAAUUUUUUCCGAAUGCCUACACAGGUGAAGGCUACUGCCGUUUCCUUCUUCAGAAAGUUCUAUCUUGUGCAUUCUACCAUGGAAUAUCACCCUAAAAAUAUCAUGUAUACUUGCGUGUUUCUCGCUGCCAAAUCGGAAAACUACUUUAUCUCCAUCAAUUCGUUCACAAAAGCACUCCGAAAUACAGAAAACAAGGAUAUAUUGGAUUUGGAGUUCACGGUGUUGGAAGCGUUGCAUUUCACACUUUUGGUGCACCAUGCUUUCCGGCCGUUGUACGGAUUUUAUCUCGAUUUCCAGGCGGUUUUGUUGCAUCCGGAACCUCGGAUUCGGGGCCUUACAAACGAAAGACUUGCUUCUUUGUUAGACAAGGGCAAGGAAUGGAUAAUGGAGAAAGCGUUGUUGUCGGAUAUUCCGUUUUUGUACACCCCUCCUCAAGUUGCGCUAGCUGCUGCUUAUGCCGUGGAUAAAGAGGUAUGUGAGUUGUACUUGAAAAUCAAGUUUGAAGACAAGCUCACGUCUAUCAAGGAGGAGAAAGAAAGUGAGGAGAAACAAGAGAUAAAACAAGAAGAAGGAGUCAAACAAGAAACUGAAGUAAAACAGGAAUCUACAGAAAACGAACCAACUGCCUUAGAUUCUGCUCCUUUGACACUACUGCUACUCUUGGAAACUGUCCAGCUGUGUUUAAAAGACGCACUUGGUUUACCUGAAUCCACCGUUGAAGAGAACAAGGCCAUUGACCGGAAAUGCUACUUUGCGUUGCGUCCCAAAAAGUUGAUAGAAAAACGCAUAAAGAAGUUGAGUAAUGGCUAG